GAGAGUGUCUGGUCUGGUGGGGAUGCAUCAUAAAGAGUGUGCCAGCAUAACUGGAUAACUCCUACAGCUCUGGUACAGAGACAUUAAAUGACCUGAACUGACCUGAAUGACCUGAAAAAGACAUGGUCUGAAGAUUAUGUAGUCAUUCUGAAUUACGCAUACAGUAUAUGCAUCAGUACAGACGUUGGUUGAUAUGAAAUUGAUACCUACUUUCAACUGAACAAUGGGAACAGUGAAACAUUUGCUACUUUGGGUGCAGAGAGUGAUGACCAGCAGGUUUAGCUAGUUCAAGGUUGUGUCCUGUGUGAUCUGUGUCAUAGUCAGGCAUCCGGCCGGCUGGGCUGGCCCCCACUGCCACAGCAAAAGAGGACAUCCAAACAGUCUCUCCACUGCUAAGAACAAUGGUCUACCUUCUUUCUCUCACCUUCUUCCUUCUCUUCCUAGGACUCACAGAGGCCCACCCUCUCCAGGUGGAUGAGAAGGAUGAGAUGGUCUUCACAGAAGACCAUGAUGAUCUGGUGGACAUCACCACCAGGAUCCUGGAGACCAACAAUGCCACCACAGAGAUGCUGAUGGAAGGAGACAUCAUGAUCCCCAGAAUCAGGACCGCCAUCAAGUGCUGGUGGUUCAACGAAUGCCUCUGGGAGAAGAAGAAGUCAGAGAACAUCGUCGAGGUUCCUUACACGCUCAGCUCAGAUUUUGACUAUAAUUCCCAGUGGAAGAUCAAGUACGCCAUGAACACCUUCCACACCAAGACCUGCGUGCGCUUCGUCCCCCGUAGCAACCAGAAGGACUACCUUAGCAUCGAAAGUAGAUCCGGCUGUUAUUCAUGGGUUGGCAAAACUGGAGGUAAGCAGCUCGUAUCCCUGCAGAAAAUAGGGUGUAUUUACCACGGUACCAUCCAGCACGAGUUGCUUCACACUCUGGGUUUCUACCACGAGCAGAAUAGGAGUGACCGCGACAAGUACAUCAGGAUCAAUUGGGAGUAUGUUGAACGCGGGGAGGAGCCCAACUUCGACAAAGAGGACACCAACAACCUAGACAUUCCCUAUGACUACUCCUCCGUCAUGCAUUAUAAUAGAUGGUCGUUCAGCACUGUGUAUGGGAAGGAGACGAUCACUCCUAUUCCUGACGCCGCUGUGCCCAUCGGACAAAGCUUGGAGAUGUCUGCGACCGACGCUCAGAGGGUCAACAAGCUCUACAGGUGUUAAAGGGAGGGAAAAGUUGGAGCUGAAUUUGAUGUCUGAAUCUGAUGUCUGAAUUUGAUGUAUGAAUUUGAUGUCUGAAUUUGAUGUCUGACUGUCAAUGUUAAAAUGAUCUGGCAUUGUGUUGUUUGGAGGCAACGUGGGGUUAACUCAUUUUGUCAUGUUCAUUACUUGAUAGUAAUUAAAUAAAAAUACAUUUCAUGAGGAAGCAAAUAA